GAGCACAUACCCUUAUACUAGCGGCAGAGGCUAUUACUCAAACGUCUCGGGUUGGGGCUCUAGUGCAUAUGGAGAAGACUCAGUUGAUUACGGCCUUAAUUACUCAUCCUAUUCACCAUUGAGCCAAGAUCCUGUGAAUAUGGUUCCAUCAUACCGAUACGGUUCCGCUGGGAGGACAUCCGUAUAUGUCGACCCAGAAGCCUCGAAUUACUCCUAUGGUAAUCUUGUUCACCGCCCCGCUGUGAGCCAUGAUCUUCCAACGCUCUCCUUAUCUGGUCAAUACCCCAGCAGCAGCAAGUCCUCAGCCUGCCAUUCAUCGGAUGUGGGAUACACCGGCCUAAACUCAACUUUUGACACGUAUGGCUCGGCAACUCUCCCAUCCAAUGUGUCUGCAAGAUCAGCCCACCCCGAUGCAGGCACAUACCAAUCUACAGCCGGUGCUGCGGGUGCUGCUGGCGAUGGAGUAGACAAUACAGAACACCCUUCCUACCGCAGUGCUCAUGAGUCUGAUAGCUAUAUCUACAGCGACAGACUUGACAACCGGCGGGAUUUGCGUACUAGUGGAAGUACUGGUGCCGGAUCCGUUCUCUCGAAUGGCCAGAUUUACAUUCCGGAAACACAGUCUCAUGCAUCGGCCCAUGGUUACUCCAUAUCUGCAACAAACACUGCUGCUGCUGGAGCUACUGUACAGCCUGGUGGCAUCGAGGGAGCUACAACAGCGGUUGGCGCUGGAGGCGGCUGUGUUACGUCACAGGUCCAGGCGGCUGGCCACCGUCGCUCUGCGGGUAAUCUACGCGGCGCGUAAUGCCAGAAUAUCUCGACUCCGCAUGGUUGGCUGCAAACUUCGAGCCACGGCUGAAGCCGUGACUCGCAGGUCUAUGCUGUGCCACCGAACCUGGGCGGGGUCCGGCCCUGG